AUGAAAAGACAGAAGAGUGCUUAUUACCAGGGAGGCAUUCCACUACCAAGGUAUGCUGCAUAUGGUGCAUCAAAAGCAGCUCUGUCCAUGUUUUCUGGAGUAAUGAGGCAAGAGCUUUCCAAAUGGGGAAUUAAAGUUGCUGCAAUUCACCCAUCAGGCUGUAUACAAGGCACAUCUGACCUGUGGGAUAAGCAAGAAAAGGAGCUGAUGGAGAACCUCCCAGCAGACACGAGGCAAGCCUAUGGCAAGGACUACCUCCUGCACAUGCCUGUGUACUAUGAUGCCAACCUUUCCCCUGUGCUGAGCACUGUCCUGCAUGCUUUGCUGGCCAAGAGACCACACGGCUUGUACACCCCUGGCAAAGGGGCUUACAUGCCCCUCUGCAUCUUCUGUUGCUUUCCUCUCUGGUUCUAUGACUUUUUCAUUAGUAAGAUGCUGAGUACUCAGCCUGUCCCAAGGGUGCUGAGAACAUCAGAAACAGAAAGCGAGAAUCUCUAA